AUGUCCGGUCGCGGCAAAGGAGGUAAAGGCUUGGGCAAAGGUGGUGCUAAGCGUCAUCGUAAGAUUCUACGCGAUAAUAUCCAAGGAAUUACCAAGCCAGCGAUCCGUCGUCUCGCUCGCCGUGGGGGUGUAAAGCGAAUUUCUGGACUGAUCUACGAGGAGACACGCGGUGUUCUGAAAGUUUUCCUUGAGAACGUUAUCCGCGAUGCCGUGACCUACACCGAGCACGCCAAGCGUAAGACCGUUACAGCCAUGGACGUAGUAUACGCUCUGAAACGACAAGGACGUACUCUGUACGGUUUUGGGGGUUAGAAUACACUGUAAUCCCUGAUCAACACUUAAACCAACGGCUCUUUUAGGAGCCAACAAAUGUAUGAAAAGCUCUGACCAAUACGUGAUAAGAGAAUUUGUUUUCAUUACGAUCAUUGCUGAAGGUUUAUAUACAUAUCAACAAGUCAACAUACACCUGAAAUCGAUUCAGCGCUUUAUUUACUGGGUGCGUCCACGCCAGUUUUUUUUUCUUUUUAGUGACUUUACAGCAGCGCAGUCGUUACUUAUACAGGGAAAUUAUUUUUUUUCCCGUCUAGAUUAGCCUCAUAGCUCUUUGCGGGGCAUACAAUACUGUAAAGCUUUUGUCUUUAAUUAGUUAGUGAAUAAACUGUUGUUGUACGUUGUUGUUGUGGCAGAAUUAAGAGAGCAAGCUGGUUUGUGUCGUUACCGACGACGGUUUAUAACUGUGUUAGUUUAUUUUACGUAAACAGCUUGUGUACCGAAGGAAAUCACGACGAUCUCUUGUAAUUUUUAGGCAAAGAAAACAACAUUUCAAGCUCAGUAGUAGCAGCAAUGUUUGUUCCCGGUUGGUAGGAAUGCGAUUAAUUGUGUACUCGUUUAAAAAGAGCAGAAAGUUGUUCGAUUGUCGCUUGGUAUGUACCUCGAAGUUCGUAUAAAAACCUGUUGGAAACAGCGCGAAUGAAACCUGCAUAGAAAGCAAACGCAAUUUCAACUUUCAUGAUAUAAUCACAUCAGUCUUUAAAUUCAUGUUACACCGAGCUAAACUGACCUAAGACUGGUUUCAGUUUUUUCAAGCAAUGCUGUGGUUGCUGUUGUUUGUUUCUUACAUGCGAUAGCCGAAAUAGCGCUAAAUAUGCUUUGGUAUACGCAUUUAUGAACAAAACUAGCAACAUGGAACCAUGCAAAAACAAAUAGAAAUAGCGAGUUUCCGCGAGACAUAAUUAUUUGUGGCUAAGUAUCGAUCGAGUUAUUAACCCCAAACUUAGACGGCGAAUACUAUUUGGGGGUAGAUUACAAAUUUAUAUCGUGAUUGGUCAUGACUUUAUUCUAGACUUGGUGGCUCUAAAAAAGAGCCGUUUGUAUUUAUGGUUGUUGCCGUCGCUUAGUGUUGUUUCUUCUCUGUCUUUUUAGGUAGUAAUACUGCCUGAAUGUUGGGAAGAACACCGCCUUGAGCGAUGGUGACACCGGCAAGGAGUUUGUUUAAUUCUUCGUCAUUUCGCACAGCCAACUGGAGGUGACGAGGAAUGAUUCUUGACUUCUUGUUGUCGCGUGCUGCGUUUCCUGCUAACUCGAGGAUCUCAGCACUCAGAUACUCAAGUACGGCAGCCAAGUACACGGGAGCACCGGCUCCGACGCGUUCAGCGUAGUUGCCUUUACGAAGAAGGCGAUGGAUGCGACCAACAGGAAACUGUAGACCUGCCCUGGAAGAACGAGUCUUUGACUUGGUGCCCUGGGCUUUACCUUUUCCUCGUCCGGUCAUUUUGUCGAGUAACUCGUAUCUUAAGUUUCAGUUUAAGUUUCAGGAGACUGUUUUCCAAGACAUGACUUCGGCCGCCAUAAUUUAUCACGCGCGGACUGCGUUUCGUGGAUCAGAUUGCACCAAUCAAAAGUCUUACAUUGGCUCAUAAAAGAAAUUCUAGCCUUGCAAUUGUUCUCUUUGUGUCGAUUGGCGGCACGCUCCAUUGUUUACACCGAGAAAAAAAAAGACACCAAUCACCGACGAGAACUUGCGAUCCGCAUAUUAAUUGAUCCUAUUGAAUUUGGCAACAUAAAUAGAAACUGUGAUAUCCCGAAUUACCAAACUCUAUUUCGAAAAGGCAGAGAUAUCUUUCUUUACCAUGGCACCUAAACCGAUUGCAGCUAAAAAGGGAGAGAAGAAGAGCGGCGGUAAGGCAAAAUCCACGUCGGGCGACAGUACGAAAAAACGGCGAUCGAAACGGAAGGAGAGUUAUGCGAUCUACAUCUACAAAGUGUUGAAGCAGGUACAUCCUGACACCGGAAUCUCCAGCAAAGCAAUGGGUAUCAUGAACUCUUUCGUGAACGAUAUCUUUGAGCGCAUUGCUACAGAAUCCUCCCGUCUAGCCCACUACAACAAGAAGUCCACUAUCAGCUCCCGCGAGAUUCAGACAGCCAGCCAUCAGACUGCUCCUUCCAGGAGAACUCGCAAAGCACGCAGUCAGUGA